AUGGUUUUACUUGCUAUAGCUGACGCCAAGUAUCACUUUAUAAUGUGUGAUUUUGGUACAAAUGGAAGAAUUUCAGAUGGCGGAGUUCUUAAAAACACGAUAUUUCAUGAAAAACUUAAAAAUAAUCUAUUUAACAUCCCUCAGCCUGAUAGAAUCAGAAACUCCGAUAUCAAUGUGCCCUACGUUUUUGUCGUAGAUGAUGCUUUCCCUCUGACAGAAAACAUGAUGAAACCAUUUAAACAAGCCCAAUUAACUUCUGUAAACAGAAAGAUAUUUAACUACCGCUUAUCCCGAGCCAGACGCAUUAUUGAAAAUGCAUUCGGUAUUCUGGUGGCUCGAUUUAGAAUAUUUCAUACAGCAAUCAACUUGAAACCAGAACACAUUGAUUCUGUCGUUAUGGCCUGCUGUGUACUACAUAAUUUUUUACUAGAUAUGGUACCUAGUUCGUAUGCUCCUCCAGAGUGCUUUGACCGUGAAAAUACGAGUGAAGGUACAAUUUUAACAGGAUAUGAAGCACAAAACGAUCACACCUAUGGAUUAAAUAGAAGCAAUUUAGGAAAACCACCUCGAUCGGCCAAAGAGUUGCGUGAGGAUUUUAUGAGAUAUUUUGCUAAUGAAGGUCAAGUUCCUUGGCAACAGGACUGUAUUUGA